AUGUGGAAAUUGUUUUUGGUGCUCGGUUCAGUGAGCGCGGCCCACGCGGGGCUCGGAAAGAGUUUCAUCAACUUUGGUGGUUUCAUUUGUCCAAGAGAGGACAGAGCCUUGGGGCGCUGUUUACGAGAUGCGCUGAAUACUUACAUACCUAAAUUGGCCACAGGAUUGCCUGAGUAUGGGAUCCCGCCAAGCGAGCCGCUAGUGGUGCCAUCUUUGUCCAUUCAGCAAUCCACGGGGCCUAUAACUGUGUGGUCUUCCUACACCGACGUCACUGUUAGAGGCCCGUCUACCAUGAAGAUCAAAGAUGUCAAAGUGCAUUCGGACGAACAUAAGGUAGUCGCCAAAAUUUACAUUCCCGAGUUGAGGAUGAAAGGCAAUUACGACCUGUCUGGGAACUUAAUGAUGCUGCCGAUCAAAGGAGACGGGAAGUUUUCGGCCAAAUACGGAGAUAUAGAUGCAGUUGUGACGAUAAAUCUUGGAAGAACCCCGCGUCACAAUGGAGUGGAUGCUCUCUCGUGCGAAGACCUUCACGUCAAGUUCCAUCUAGGAUACGCUUCAAUGCAGCUGCAGAAUCUCUUUGGAGGGGACGAUGAACUGGGAAACACAAUGAAUGCGUUCCUGAAUGAGAAUUGGCAGAAACUAGCUGAAGAGCUGAAGACGCCAAUGGAAGAGGCACUAAGGGACUUCUUCAAACCUCUAGCAGACCACGCAUUUGCCACAUUGAAUGCUGAUGACAUACUUGCAUAG